AAUAGCUCUGUCAUUUGCACACACCCUUAUAGGCAGAUGACACUCCUCUAAACUCAAGUUCUUCAAAAGAAGGGAAGGCAGGAUGAAGACCUCUUUGUUACUGUGGGGAGUCCUGGCAGUUUUCUUGGGGGCUGCUCUUGUGGCAGGUUAUGAGGAUGAGGAGGCGGAAGAGCAUGUCCUAGUUGAUAACAAGUGUAAAUGUGCGAGGGUGACCUCAAAGUUUGUCCCUUCUAAAGACAAUCCUGAGGAAGAAGUCCUGGUGAGAAACAUACGAGUCAUAGUCCCCCUGAUGAGCAGAAAGAACAUCUCUGAUCCCACCUCACCAGUGAGAACCACCUUUGUCUACCGGCUGUCUGAGCUCUGCAAAAAAUGUGAUCCCAUAGAAGUGGAGCUGGGUGACCGAAUAGUGACUGCUGAGCAGAGCAACAACUGCAGCAGCUCCGAUACCUGCUACACCUAUGACAGGAAUAAAUGCUACACCAAAACCUUCCCGUUUUUCUAUGACGGGAAGAUCAACACCGUCCAAGCAGCCUUGACUCCAGAAUCCUGCUACGCUGAUUAGAUUAAACCACUGCUCUUAGAGUGCCUUGUUAUACUGUCAUCUGCCCCCACAGACUAAAACACAUUUAUAUUAGCAUGGUAAGAAAGACAGUGUCUGAAAUAUCAGCGCCUCACAGUUAACAUGCUAGCUACGUGAAAAGUAACGCCUUCCUUCUAUAGCACCCGGUGGUAAUAAAUCUAACUGAAUAACUCAGCCAAUUAUGCAUGGUGGGCAAAAUCCUAUACUGUGAGGCAGAUCCUCAGCUGGUAUAAAUCAAUGUAAGUGCCUUGAAAAUCAAAGGAACUACACUGACUUACACCAGCGGGGGAUCUUGCUUGGACAGUCUUCAUUCAGUCCUGCCUCAGAUGAGGUUCUCAUUAAAGUCAGUGGGAGUUUUGCCCUAGUAAUAAGGACAGGAUUUGUUCUUCUCUAUAUAUACAGAAACAGUGACAUCCAAAUGCCAUGCCAGUGUUUGGAUUCCGCUUUCCAUGAUUAUGUUUUCCAAAGCAACUUCUCCAGGGUCAUGGUCUUUUUGGUUAAUACAAUACCUUUUAGCCCAGAGAGACAGCAUUCCUGCACAUAAAAUAUCAGUGUGCCAGUUGAGAUGGCCCCUUGUUUGUGCUCUUUUGGAAAACCCCACUUAAAUGAUCUAAAAUAAUUCUUUGCACAAACUUUAAGUAACACAAGACCAUACUGUUACACUCCCACCUGUGAGCAUAAUAGAAAUCAGUGCCAUUAUUGAGAAGCAGCAAAGAAUCCUGUGGCACCUUAUAGACUAACAGACAUUUUGGAGCAUGAGCUUUCGUGGGUGAAUACCCACUUCCACGGCUACUCCUCUGAUUAUUGAGAAGGAGGUCAUUCAGAAUGGGGCUUUCAAAAAUGUCUAUGGGAUUUGGAAACCCUGUUUCUAUUCAUUUUUAAUGGGCAUCCUAAUCCCGUAUGUGGCUUUGAAAAUUACAUUCUCAGUGUAUCCCUGCAUAUUUAGAGAAGACUGAGGAUGCUGCUACUCUUGAGUAUUUUUAAAUGGUGCCAAAAUACCAUGUGUUACAGGAAUGGUAAAUUAUUCUUUCCCUAUAUAUUUGAGAUUGAGCUACUUACCAAUGAUAUUUCACUGCUCUGUGUUUCCAUACUGACAAUUAUUAAUAUUUUCUCCAAUUCAUCCAACACUGGGGAGAACAAAUUAUUUCUUUCAGUUUAAAUAAAUAAAUGGCCUAGGCCCUGAUUCUGCAUUCAGAAGUGCAUUGGCAGCCUUUGGGUUUGCACGACUUUGAUUGCAAGAAUGGGGCCCUAGUUAGAUUCCUUCCUCUUGUUUGUAGAAGGAAUUCUCGCUCAUCAAAGAGGCUGAUAUUGCAUUGCACUGUUCGUCACAUUUGAGUGCAUCAUCCCUUGUGUUUUCACUAAGCAGUCAUGUAUGAAAGUCCAUAAACUGUGUGCAGCAUUACCCCUGAGAAGGCUGAUACAUUCCUCCCUGUUAUAAAAAUUGGUUGCACAUCCCUAGGCUAUUUUGAGAAACCCUGGCAUAUUUCAUGUUGCAACAAAAUAGAGCAAGACCCAUGUAUCCAUGAUUUCAGCUUUGUUAGCAAGAUUGAAGUAAUUAAAUAGAUUUUUCUGCAACUA